UUAGCUACUUCCGUCCCCUCGCGGGCCUUACGGGAACUUCCUGUAGCUAUGGCUGCGGCGGUGGUCGGGAUGCUUCGUGGAGGUCUCCCGCCCCGGGCGGCUUGGCUGCCCACCCUCCAGACUGUGCGCCAUGGCUCCAAGGCGGUGACGCGCCACUGGCGAGUCAUGCACUUCCAGCGGCAGAAGCUGAUGGCUGUGACUAAGUAUAUUCCUCCCAAACCUGCCAUCAACCCCAGAUGCCUCCCACCUCCUCCCAAGCCCCCCAAGGAGGAGUCAGGCCUCAUCCGGCUCCUGCGUCAAGAUAUAGUAGCAGCUUUUCGGGACAACCGAAUGAUAGCUGUGUGCCAGAACGUGGCCCUGAGUGCGGAGGACAAACUUCUCCUGAGGCACCAGCUAUGGAAACACAAGAUCUUCAUAAAAGUCUUCCCCAGCCAGGUCUUGAAGCCUUUUAUAGAAGAUUCCAAAUACCAAAACCUGCUACCCCUUUUUGUUGGACACAAUCUGCUGCUGGUCAGUGAAGAACCCAAGGUGAAGGAAAUGGUGCGGAUCUUAAAGAGCGUUCCCUUCCUGCCGCUGCUGGGUGGCUGCGUGGACAACACCAUCCUCAGCAGGCAGGGACUCCUAGACUACGCCAAGCUGCCCAGCCUGGACCGGCUGCAGGGGGAGCUGGUCGGAGGGCUUACUCACCUCACGGCGCAGACCUGCUCCCUGCUUCAGCACCAGCCUGUCCAGCUGACUUCCCUGUUGGAUCAGUAUGUGAAACAGCAACACGAGGGAGACCGUGCUGCGUCAGCUAAUGGGAAGCCACAUCCUCCUGACCCUGCUCCAGAUUCCUAGCCGGCAUGUUUCACCCAGCUCUGCCCAUAGACACACUCUGCCCCGUUGUCUGUCUGGUUGUCUGGCAGAGAUCUAAAAGAAUUUGGAGUGCGGGAGUGGCCUUGUGUGACUUGGCUCUCAUUCACAAUGACCUCCUUGGGGACAGGCCUCUUGAUGAUACAGAGAAAUUCCAUUCCAGAGUGAGGCUGCCCAUUGUCCUCGGUUUCACUGAUCACUGUCUUCAGUUGUUCCAACCAGGGACCCGAUAGGAACAUCUCCCUCAGUUGUCCCGGCACAAGACAGAGCGGAUGGGGACCGUCGUGCCCCUGCUCGCCCACUGUCCCAGCCCCCGCCUCAGUGCUUAUGCCAUGGCAGAGCAGUCAGGAAGCCUUGUGCAUGGCACCUGCUGAGGCUUGUGCCAAGCACUGUACCGGACACAGAUGCCAGCUCCUUUAGCCCUCACCAUUCAGGGAACAGCAGAGAAGUGUGAGUUCCAGAUAAGGUCUCAGAUUUGAUUCUCUGAGGCUUUAAUUCUCAAAAUAGAACUUCUUCAGAAAGUUACCCACGGGUGGGUCCUGGUGGGCUCAGAGGUUGCUGCCCCACCCUUCAGGUGUGCUGGGCUGUGGAAAGAAUAGGGAAGCCGCUUCGUGAUAAAAAUGCAAUACGUUUUAUUGACUUUUUUAAAAGAUUUAUUUCAUGUGUAAAACUGCCUACGGGACAGUGGCUCAGUGGUUAAGAGCACUGACUGCUCUUCCAGAGGUCCUGAGUUCAAAUCCCAGCAACCACAUGGUGGCUCCCAACCAUCUGUAAUGGUCUGAUACUCUCUUCUAGUGUGUCUGAAAACAGCUACAGUGUGCUCAUAUACAUAAAAUAAAUCUUUUUAAAAAACCUAA